GUCGUCUUGUUCAUCCAAAUGGAUUAGCAGAAAUUUCUUGGUCAAACAAAAUAUAUUUGUUAGAUAUUAGGAAUACUAGUAACUAUAUUUGGGUUGAUAAAUUUGAACCUAAAAGUAUAUCUGAGCCUACUCCAAAUACAAAUUUACCGAAUACUCCUUCAACAACUGCAACUUCAACUGUUUCUGUCUCACCAAAUAAAUCUGAUGUUAUUAUCGGUACGUUAAGCGGAAUUGUAGGUACCGCAAUAUUAACAAUAAUUGGAAUCCUUGGUUAUAAAUGGUAUCAAAAGAGAAACCAAAAUUCAAUUAUGAGGAUUUCCGGUGAUAAUUUAUAA